CGUGCGCCGAAGUUGACUACACAUCCGGGGACUUUCUGUAGUGUACUUGCGUAAGUACCGGAAUGACACUUGACAUGGCGGCUGGGAAGUAAAAGUGCGCGUGCACGCCGUGACAAACGGGUUAGCAGCUCAGUUCGGGCGCGUGCCGCGGUCCAGUGAAGAACAAAAGCUCUUUAAAAAAUAAAUAAAUAAAUAAACUUGUCGAGAAACUGUUUCGAUAAAAGAUGGACAGCGACGACGACAAUGUGGAGGAGGUUGUAGAAGGCCCACUAGACGACGACGAGCUCCCCCAUGGCUUCUGUACCGUCACCUACUCUUCCAGUGACCGCUUCGAAGGCCAUUUUGUCCACGGAGAAAAGAACGGAAAGGGCAAAUUCUUCUUUUUCGACGGCAGCACUCUAGAGGGCUUCUAUGUGGACGAUGCACUUCAGGGACAGGGUGUGUACACUUACGAGGACGGCGGAGUGCUGCACGGCACCUACAUGGACGGAGAACUCAACGGCCCUGCGCAGGAGUUUGACCCGGAAGGACGUCUGAUCUUCAAAGGCCAGUACAGGGACAACAUGCGCUGUGGCAUCUGCUGGAUUUACUACCCGGACCGAGGCUGCGUGGUGGGCGAAGUCAACGAGGAUGGCGAGAUGACGGGCAAAGCAGUGGCUUACGUUUACCCCGACGGACACACGGCUCUGUACGGGAGCUUCGUGGACGGGGAGCUGAUUGAGGCCCGACUGGCCAUGCUGACGGAUCAGGAGAACGGCAGACCUCACUUCACCGUUCAGCCCGACAGUCCUGUUUACUCCUAUGACAAAUCCACUUCCUCCUGUAUCGCUUCUCACAAAACACUGCUCGACCCCUAUGAGAGUCAACGUGUGUAUGUGGGACAGUCGCUGAUCUCUGGAGCAGGAGAAGGCCUGUUCGCUAAAAUCGACGCAGAUGCCGACACAAUCAUGGCCUUUUACAAUGGAGUGCGCAUCACACACUCGGAGGUGUGUUCCUGUAUGAUUGUGGACGCCCGUGAUUGGUCCAUGAAUGGGAACACCAUUUCGUUGGAUGAGGAGACCGUGAUUGAUGUUCCUGAGCCCUUUAACCAUACAGAGAAUUACUGUGCAUCACUUGGGCACAAAGCCAAUCACUCAUUCACCCCCAACUGCAAAUACGACCCGUUUGUUCACCCUCGCUUCGGGCCGAUAAAGUGCAUCCGAACAAUCCGAGCGGUUCAGAAAGACGAGGAGCUCACAGUCGCUUACGGUUACGACCAUGAACCUUCUGGGAAAUCAGGUCCAGAGGCUCCUGACUGGUACAAACAAGAGCUGCGCGAGUUUCAGGAACGAGAAGCUGAAACAAGAGCUAAGGACUCUUAACCCUCUUCCAAAAAACAAAAAACCCUUUUUGCAUCAUGCCAAGCAACACCUAAACCUGCCUCUUUUACUGCCCUGCUCUUAGCUAAGCAACUGUGUCUUUAAUACUUUCUCCUAAACCUGCUCUCUGUAUUCUACUCUUUGGAUCAGAGGCAAAGCGCUUGUCUUUCGCAGGAUCUCGUUACAUGUUUUACGAAGGUGCUACGAUGUGUACAGAUCUCAACACCUGUAUCAUGAACGCUGUAAUGUGAAGAGUGACUGAAGCACAGCAUGAUGUGAAUUCGCUCCAUGACUCCUCUGAAGUGAGAACUAUGCACUUACCGAACCCAGCAGGUGUUCUUUGCUGCCACGCUAACCUCUACAAGCACGUGGUUAAAAAAAACUCCCAUAGCUAUCGCAGUUUUUCAUACUCUUGUAUGCUCAGUGCAGUUAUUACAAUUACAAGCAUCGUCUCUUUAGCUUCAGUCCACUUGCACUCGAGAGUUUAACCGCAACACUAGAUUCUACUUACGUUUCAAAGAACAGUAUUAGAACUGCACUGUAUCUGAUGUUUCAUUUAUGCCUUUGCUUUCAAUCAGCGAAAGGAAAAGUGUGAAAGCGUGUUAUGUUUGUGUGUGUGUGAGAGAGACUGAGAGAAAGAGAGAGAGCAGAAUGAGUAGCAGAUCACAAUAAGAAAUGAAUUCAGGUCUUUGAUAUGCAGUAUCUCUAAUACAGGAUUUAUCAAUAAAACAUUAAAACAUGA